CCGGUGCCCCCAGCCACUGCGCGCCUGCCCCCGAGCUGGGUGCCACCGCGGUCGCCGUCGCCAUCGCCGCGCCCUGCCUGCCCUCCUGCCGGGCCUCUCGCUUGCUCGCUUGCUUGCUUCCCCUCGCUCAGGGGGAAAGGUCAGCAGCGUCCUGGAGCCUCCGUGUCACUCCCCAACAGCCAUGAACUGCAGCGAGAGCCAACGGCUGCGAACCCUCUUGAGCCGCCUGCUGCUCGAGCUGCACCAUCGGGGCAACGCCAGCGGCCUGGGCACCGGCCCCGGCCCGAGCAUGGGCAUGGGGGUCGUGCCUGAUCCUUUCGUGGGCCGCGAGGUGACCAGCGCCAAGGGCGACGACGCCUAUCUCUACAUCCUGCUCAUCAUGAUCUUCUACGCCUGCCUAGCGGGAGGCCUUAUCCUGGCCUACACCCGCUCCCGCAGGCUCGUCAAGGCCAAGGACGAGCCAUCCCAGGCCUGUGCCGGCGCCUGCGAGCAGGAAUGGGCCGCAGGUAGCAGCCGGGUGAACGACGACGACGCCGAGACUGCCGCCCGGCCCCCGGCUCAGGGCCUCCCUCAGCCUGUCCCUGGGGCGCUGCCUGCUCCAGCCCUGGGCGCCAAGCCGGUCUAG